CCUCCCCAAACUCUGUCUUCAUUGAAUUCAAUUUUCUGUCUCAUAGAUCUACUGUCUUACAUACAUGAUGAGAUCAAGGAAGUGCAAUCUUGAACUCCAACUCCAUCUUUUCACAGAUUCCGAUCACCGACACAUGGAAGAAGAGUCGAGUAGCAGAAGCCCAGUAGAUCAUCAACAGCAGCAGCACCACCAAGAACGACAAAAGCUUACGAUUUUUUACAAUGGAAGAGUCUGUGUUUGUGAUGUUACAGAGCUUCAGGCUAGAGCCAUAUUAUCUACGGCAACAAGAGAAAUGGAAGAGACAAUGAAAACCCCAACUUGUUCAUCAACACUACUGUCAUCUUCUCAGCUGUCUACCUCGUCAAGUAAUCUUUCAAUGAAGAGAUCGCUCCAAAGGUUCCUCCAGAAAAGAAAAAGGAAUCGGAUCCAAUCAACAUCCCCAUACAUUGUUAAUUAAUCAUGAUUAGCGCCACCUAAUUAACAUCUUGAUUUCUUGUCAACAUUGGUGUUUAUGUCUAUAUCAAUCGCUUAAAACAAUAUAUUUUGUUUUUUUUAA